GACUGGCGCCGCACUCUCAGUCCCGAUCCCGAGUCGCGAAGUUAUCGUCGUUGUCGGUCCUCUCUUUCGGCCCCCUGGAAGCCAGCGAGCCCAAAAUUUUCCCGUGUGUUUCCCGAGGCAGCAGCAGCAGCAGCAGGAGUCGGCCGAUCGUCCUCAGUCCCGCCGUCCCGUCGCAGUAUUCCCGUUCGCCGGCGGCUGAGUCUCGUCCCGUGUCGCACGCGUUUUCAUCGUCGUCCCGUCGUCGGGGGAAAAAUUUAACGCGCGCGGCCGCUUAAAAUAAACGGCGUUUCGUCCAAGUCUCUUACACUGUUCGCACCGGACCGACCGGACCGGAGAGAAAGAGAGAGAGAGAUACACAGAAAAAGAGAGCGAGAAAGAGGAGGGCGAGGAGUCUGCCGUAUCGUGUGAUCAUCCCGUGUCGGUGUCAACCAGGAAAGAACAAACAAGAUGUCGGACCGAAAAGCAGUAAUCAAAAAUGCUGAUAUGUCAGAGGAGAUGCAGCAAGACGCUGUUGAUUGUGCCACUCAAGCUCUCGAAAAAUAUAACAUUGAAAAGGACAUUGCAGCGUUUAUCAAGAAAGAGUUCGAUAAAAAGUACAACCCAACGUGGCAUUGUAUUGUAGGACGUAAUUUUGGUAGCUAUGUAACGCACGAAACAAGACAUUUUAUCUAUUUCUACCUUGGUCAGGUAGCCAUUCUCCUCUUUAAAAGCGGGUAAACCUUGUUUCGCUAUUCUCCUAAACAUCCUUUUACCUUCCUCUCUUCCUCCCUUGCUCACUAUGAAAAAUACAUACAUUUAAAAAUCACCGCCAUGUGUAAAAGAAACUUCAUUAUGUACACAUUAAAAAAUUUGUUUUAAAAAAGCAACGCAUACUCCCGAUAAGCAAAUGAUGUCGGAAAGAAAUAUCCAUGUUUCUUGAUAUAUUAGUUGUCGUUAUGUAAGCGGAAGGAUAAUCCGUAAAAAAUUCUAAGACGGUCAGAAUAGGGAGACAAACUGAGGGAAAAAAGAGAAGAAAAAUAUGACAUACAACUUUACAUGUUAAAAUGUAUUUUGUAUGCCAGGAAGUUUGUUGUGUUCUUGUUUUAUAUUAUUAGGUAAAUACGCAGAAUAUGGUUAAGUUCAUUACUGGCGAUUUUAACUUAGUAAAUUUUAAUAUAAUUGUUUAACGCACGGUGUUCGAGCGACACUAAAUGUAUUCCAUAUUUCAUGUCGAGUAGGUUUACAUCGAGCGUACUUUCGCUUGAAUAUAAAAACUGGGAAGUACAUGAUAUCCGUUAAAAUAAUCGCCAAUAAUGAAUGUAAGCUGGAAAUGAGAUUGAUUGCCCCUGCAAUUGUUAUUUUAUAUUAAUCGGUAACCAUUGUCAUCUCUUACCACACGCUGAUUAACUUGAUUUUGUAUUUACUAUGAAACUGCGACUGACAUUUUUUGUUAGAGUAAGAAUUCUCGAAAAAAAAUAAUCGAACAAGAAAAACAAAAUGGAGCUCAAUCUUUCGACGUGCGAUAAUCAUCGUACACGUACACUAAUCUAUCGAUAACUUUAUUUCGAUCGGAUAUAAAACUAACAUGCUAUUAAAUAAUCUGACUCGUUCAUUGCUACCUUCAUUUUUAUAUUGUGCACACAGAUUAUAAUAUAAAAAACGGGAGAAGACGGACAUUUUAUCUCGAGGCGAUGUAUACUUAGGAGAAUAUUCAUUUCCAGAAAGGAAAUAUCACCUGCCCAUAUUAAAUUCUUUUAUGUAAUAUUCAACACUCCAUAUUACGGUACAUAUAUAUGUAUAUAUAUAUAAAUAAAUAUAUGUAUAUAUACAUAUAUGUAUAUAUAUAUAUAAAAUAUAGAUUAUACAUAUAUGAUAUAUUAUUUAUACAUAUAGUGCAAUCUUCAAACAAUUUUUCAUGCAGUAUUUCAGAGCUGAAAUUUAGUUGCACAUUUCGGGCAACUGUCAUUUUUUUACGUCUACUGGCUUCCUCCUCCUCUUCCCUGUCUUUGCAGCAAACUGCUGAACACGUGUAAACAAAGUGCGCGACGCUUUGCCUCGAAAGCCUUGCUCAAGUUCGUAUAAGUUUAAUGAAAUUGUAAUCUUGAGUAAUAUUAAAUCUAGAAUUUUUUCUCUUUGAAUAUAACUUUUGUUUAAUAAUUAAACAUUUUUGUUAUUAAUAUUAAUAAUAACUUAUUUAUUAAGAUAUAUCAUAAUUUUUUACAAUAAUAUAGGUGCGUUUGCUUUUCGUGUUCACAUAACGUUUGUAAGCAUCCUUUCUUCUUAUUCAGUAUUUGGUAAACAAUAACAGUGAAAUUAUGCUUAUAGCUCUUACAGUGAGUUAGAGGAAACGCAACCCAUGUCUUAUUGGAAACUUUUGAAGAAAGAAUUUAAAUUUUAUUAAUCUAAAAUUAUUUAAAAAAGGAAAUUUUAUAUAUAUAUAUAUAUAUUAAAGUUAUAUAUACAUAUGUAUACACGUAUAACUAUUUAAUAAUCAAAGGGAUUACAAUAUCUUGUAAUAUAAAUGCUCUUAAGAUAAAACGGCAUACAUUUUGUUCAUAAGCAUCCAGCAAUUUAUUGCUAAGAGAUUAGCAGCAAGAGAAAACCAGUAGGCAUCAAUAACAAAAUUGAUUCGAAAUGUGCAGUUAAAUUUCAGCUUUGCAGUAUUUGAUUAUCGUGAACGUUGCUACAUUGUCAAAUUUUAGACUGACUAUUAAAUAAUAUCAAAUCACUUAUCGUGCAUGAUUUUUUUUUUUUAAAUAAAAGUUCGCAAUGCCACUUUUAUAAGCAGCGAAUAUGUAGGAGAAUCUUUCGAAAGUAUAAUCACGAUAAAAAAUACCGAGUCACACUUCAAUUUGUCCUUGAGAACAUCCGAAAACGUUUGACCUGACGUUUCUUUCUUUCUAUUUAUUUAUUGUACAUAUAUUCCAGCAGGUUUACUGACUCAUAAAUAUUGCAUAUAUUAUUAAUAACACGACGAGCUGUAUCUUUACGGUGUUAUAUAAUGUACGUCAUGCUUUCGCCGUACUCGCUACAUGAGAUUGGUUCAAGAAAUACGUCGCUAAUAGGUUCGAAUUUAAUCGUCAGUAGUGAGAGCCAGUUGUACUUUGUAUACACGUUAAUUGACGAAUCUGUUACGCUGUUAAGCGGUAGUUGUCACAUUCAUUUGAUUUGCUAAAACAUCGAGAUCCGCUUUUGGAGCGCAAAUAGCAAGUUAUUUUUUCUGCAAUAAAUACAUGGGAUUAAUACAAAUGUGCGUGACAAAAUUGUUUUGGAUUUUUUUGGGAAUCUUCGGAGCUUUCGAGGAUCACACUGUGUACUUCCGCCGAUUUCACGAUCGAGUCUGCAUGCAGAAGAUGCGGUAAAAGCAGAUGAAUAUUAUUGUGCUUAACAAUAAAAAUCAGUUCCACCCAUGAAA